GGUUGGGAAAAAAAAUGAAAGAUAAUUGUCGAAAUAACUGGCCUUGUGCAGUCUGCAAACAAGCGAAAACAUCUUCAGAAUGCCGUUAUCAUGGGAACUCAGAGGCUCGUCUCCAUCCAGUCUACUUGUUGGAAUACCUCGGGAAAAUAGUCAGACAAAAAGCAGAGGAUAAGCAGGACAUUAACCGUCUGAAUUGGGACUUCUCAAUAUUCAGGAAAACAAUCCUUUGACAAGUCUGUUGGACGCCCCGCAGUAAGAGCUUUUUCAUGUCUGUCCUUCUGAUCUGCAAACAGAACUGAAGGAACUUUCACCUGAACGUUGCUGCAAAAAAUUAACUAUCCAGGACAGGCCUAAAGUCCAGAGAAAUCUUUCUCAGACCCUGCUACACUUUGACAGUAAAUAACGUGGAUGUUAGUUUGUGAAGUGCUGUGGAAUUUGAAGGGUUUAUUACUGAAGUUUGAUUCUGAUGUGAUGAAGCAUCGCUGGAUAGAAUCUCCAUUCCUCCUGCAACUGUUUCUUUGGAGAUGUAUUGCACCUUCCUUUGUUCAAGUGAAUCAUGGCAUUACAGUUCCCAAGGGGCAGUCUGUGUUCCUCUCAGAGAAGAACCUGGUGUUCAACAUCCCAAAGGAGAAGGACAGCUGCAAGGUGGAAGUGGUCAUGAAUGAACCAAUAACGCAACGGGUCGGGAAGCUUACCCCUCAGGUUUUUGACUGUCACUUCCUACCCAAUGAAGUGAAAUAUUCACACAAUGGAUGUCCAAUUCUGGAUAAAGAUCAAGUCAUGCUCAGAGUUUACAGGUUUACAGAGAAUGAAACCUACACAGAAACAUUCACCCUCCAAGUUCGGUUACUUGACUCAGACUGUAACAUCAUCCAGCUGGGUGCAACAUCAUUGGAAGUCCCUGAGUUUUAUAGUUUAUCUAAUCCAAUUGACAGAAAUGUGCUUUUGUUUGACUAUGAUAAGUCGAUGAAUCUGGACUGCAUUGUGCGAGUGGCUAGUCAGGAGAUGUUACUUCCAGCACAUGGACAUCUAGUCAUGGGGGAGAUCUCUACGGAACAGGCUCGUGGGGACCACCCUGGCUUUGUAAGGCAGAAAUCAAAGUGGAACCUAGAGGGAAGCCAGGAAGAUUUGAAGGAAGUCCACACUUUUAAAGUAAGCUGUGAUGAGUUUCUCACAAUGGGUCUUCGCUACCAUCACCUCAGCCCCCCUUCUCCUGAUGUUGAUUACAUCGCUAUGACAUUGCAACUGAUCGACAGCAGAAGCAAAAACGUGCACAAGACAGAGAAUGCCUGGAUUCCAGUCAGAAUCACAAAUGGCUUUCCCAACCAGCCUCCCAAAGCGAGUUUUAUGGCUAUGUUCAUCCUGGAAGUAGACCAGUUCAUCCUGACCUCCAUAACCACAGGGACCUUGGAUGGGGAAGACAGUGAGACUCCGAAGUCCCAGCUUGUGUUCAAUAUCACCAAACCACCUCAGGAGGGUUUCAUAACUCAUUUAUCUGACCAUACCAAACCAAUCAUGUCAUUCACCUGGGCUGACCUGAAUGAGCUGCUGAUAGCAUUUCAACCACCAAACAGCAGCCACACUGAGAGAAGGAACUAUGAGGUAGAAUUUGAAGUUCAUGAUUUCUACUUCAGGAACAGUGCACCAAUCAUGGUACACAUCGCAGUAAGGACAACUGAUACCAAUGCUCCCAGAGUUUCCUGGAACAUGGGACUUGAUCUAUUGGAAGGUCAGUCUCGACCGAUCACAUGGGAGCAGUUUCAAGUUGUGGACAAUGAUGACCUCACUGCAGUUCGUUUGGUUACUGUGGAUGGCUUGCAACAUGGACGGUUAACAGUAAGAGGUGGAAAAGGUUUUAUGUUUACCGUCAAUGACAUCCAAGCUGGUGUUGUCCGCUAUCAUCAUGAUGACAGCGACACUGUAAAUGAUUUCAUUGUAUUCAGAAUUUUUGACAGUCUUCACAGCACCCGACACAAAUUCCCUAUCAAAAUCUUACCCAAAGAUGACAGCCCUCCAUUCCUUAUUAACAACGUUAUCUUCGAACUGUGCGAGGACCAGGAAAUGCUGAUAGAGAAGUUCAUGCUUCAAGCUUCAGACAUGGACUCAAGUGAUGAUUACAUCCUGUUCAAAAUCACCAAGACCCCACAAGCUGGAGAACUUAUGAAAAGAACAGCUCCUGGUCUGACAGGGUAUCCCAUCAACAGCUUCCUUCAGAAAGACCUCUUCAAUGCUGCAAUCUACUAUCGUCACUUAGGAGGUGAAGUGUUUGAAGAUUCCUUUGAGUUUAUUCUGUGUGACAGUCAUGACCCUCCAAACCUCUCAGAGCCUCAGACUGUAAUUGUUCACAUUACACCAGUGGAUAAUCAACUUCCCAAAGAAGCACCUGGAGUUAUUCGCCACCUCAUAGUUAAAGAGACCGAGAUAGCAUUCCUGACGAAGAACCAGCUGCACUUCACAGACACUGAGUCUCCAAACAGGCAAAUUGUAUAUACAAUCACAACUCCACCCUUCUUUACUUCACUACCUGGGCUGUCUGAUGCUGGGAAACUACUUCUAACUGACAGCAUGAAGAAACUGAUUAAAGAUUCCAGUGUCCCAAUGCUCAGAUCAUUCACACAGGACGCAGUGAACCACCUGAAAGUGGCCUACAUGCCUCCACUGCAGGAUAUAGGGCCCUACCCACAACAGCUGCAGUUUCAUUUCUCAGUCAGUAAUCAACACGGUGGUACUUUAAUUGGCCUCUGCUUCAAUGUUACAGUUCUCCCAGUCAACAAUCAAGCCCCAGAGAUGUACACAAACCAGUUGACCGUUGAAGAAGGGCAAACAGGUCAAAUUACUGUGGACCAUCUGCUGGUGACUGAUGUUGACACAGAGGAGGAUUACAUCAAGGUUGUUCUUCAAAAGAAACCAGCACAUGGAGAAGUAGAAAUGAAUGGAGUUCCCAUGAUUGAAGGAAACAUGUUCACCCUAGCAGAUCUCAAGAAAUUCAAAGUUAGAUACCAGCAUGAUGACUCUGAGACAACCUAUGAUGAAGUCACCUUUUCAGCCACUGAUGGUUCAAAUUCAGCUGAAAGUGUUCUGGAGAUCAAGAUCUUACCAGUGAAUGAUGAACCUCCAGCGAUGAAGAUUGGUUUGAACCCCAUGUUGUAUUGCCUUGAAGGAAGAGACAUUGUCAUUUCAACAGAAAACCUCCAUGCCACUGACAUAGAUAGCAAUGAUGAGAAGCUGCUGUUCAUGAUCGCAAGGCAACCAUUCCAUGGGGUGGUACAGAAGCACAGCCAGAUUGUUGAUCAUUUUACUCAGGCUGACAUUAUUGCUGGAGUGGUGAAGUAUGUGCACACAGGUGGUGAGGUGGGUUUAGCACCCUGUUUUGACACCAUCACUCUUGUUGUCUCUGAUUGGGAUGGUGGCAUGCUUGGAGGCUGCUGCAAAGAAGAACAACUCAUUCCUCCAUUACCUCUGCAUGACUCUCUCCCUGUCUAUGAUCUCAACAUUACUGUAAUACCCGUCAACAAUCAGCCACCAGGAAUUACUGUUGGUGAACUAUUUGUUGUUGAUGAGGGGUCUUCAGCUGCCAUCACUGUCAACCACCUGUGUGCUAGUGAUCCGGAUAAUGCAGAUGAUGAACUGUCUUUCAUACUGUGGUCCCCCCCUGAGUUUGGUUACAUAGAGAACACGUUACCAUCGCCAGGGCAUGAGAAGAGCAACAUGGGCAUCAGCAUAGGUUCAUUUGACUUAAAGCACAUGAAGGAGUUACAUAUAAACUAUGUUCAGUCACGACAUCAACGUAUUGAACCAACAGCAGAUCAGUUCCUUCUGUAUGUUACUGAUGGGAAGCAUCAGUCCAAGGAAGUUCCGUUUUAUGUUAUAAUCAAACCUAUAAAUGAUGAGGCUCCAAGUUUCCUGGCCAGGAAUAUCACUGUGUCUGAAGGCCAAAUGUGUGAAUUAGAUCCAUCGAUAAUAAAUGUGGUAGACCUUGAUGUGCCAGCCGACAGCCUAACAUUCACUGUAAGCCAGCAACCCCAGCAUGGAGUAAUCAGAAGUGGGAUGCAUAGGAGUAAUGUUGUUCUUUACAAACGACCAACCCUCAGUGAUCAUGAGCUCCCUGUGCAUGACUUCACGAUGGAUCAGCUGAUACAAGGGUUGAAGCUGAUGUAUGUGCACGAUGACUCUGAAAGUACAGGUGACAGAUUCGCCAUUCAACUGUCCGAUGGCAAACACAAAGUCCGCAAAGUCAUUUCAGUCCAGAUUCUUCCAGUGAAUGAUGAGCAACCAUUUUUGAGCAGAAACAAUGGACUGGAGGUAGAAAUGGGGGAUUACAGAAUCAUCUCCAGCAUUGCACUGGAAGCUGAAGAUAAAGAUACUCCAAGACAGCACCUUUAUUAUGUAAUAGACAGGGUCCCCAAACAUGGAGUGCUCCAGCUCAAGGAAAGUAUGGAGUGGCAAACCCUGUACCCCGGAAUGAACUGCAGUCAGGAUGACAUUGAUAUGAAUCGACUGAGAUAUGUGCACACAGGAGCGAUUGGGACAAAGGGUGAAGACGCUUUUCAUUUCCACCUCUUGGAUGGCGAUAACAAGUCACCUGUGCACAGUUUCCACAUCUCCAUCCGAAACAUCGAAAAGGGUGAAAUCUCAGUUUUAAUAAAACCACUCACCAUCGUCAAGGGUGACAGAGGUAUACUGACUACAGCUGUUCUUCUUGCUUCUGAUGGCACAAACAAACCUGAGGAGCUGCUUUAUAUCAUUACAAUCCCACCAAAUUAUGGACAAAUAGAAUAUGUCAACUACCCUGGAGUGGUAAUAACCAGCUUUAGUCAGAUGGAUGUAGCAGCUCAGACAGUUUCUUACACUCAUAGAAGCAAAGCUGUGGCCACCAGAGACUCAUUGAGAUUCAUUGUCAGCAAUGGGCUGUCCACAAGAAACGGAACGCUAGAGAUCAUCAUUGAAAGUACUGAUCGCAUGCUCCCUGGACUGUCCAAAAACAAAGGGAUCCGAUUGGUUGAAGGCUCCAUGAUAUCCAUUUCACCUGAUGUUUUACAAUUAUCUGACCCUGAUACUCCUCCACAGAACCUUACAUACAUCAUCACACAGCAUCCUCAGUAUGGACAACUGUAUUGCAAAGGGGCAGCUCUUCACCAACAUAACUUCACGCAGUUGGAUGUCGACAACAUGGAUGUAGCUUACAAACACAGUGGAGGAGGUUCGCAGAUUGACAAGUUCAUGUUUAUUGCCACUGAUCUAAGCAAUCAUGGUUUUCUGAUUGAUGGGAAAUUACAAAAUGAACCAGUUGUAUUCACAAUUGAGGUGGACCAUAUAGACAAGGAUGCUCCCAAAAUAGUUUACCUUCAGUGUCCUUCAAAUGUUAAAGUGCUGAAAAACGGCCAGUAUGGAAUCUACAUUUCCUUUCGAGAUUUGAAAGCAUCAGAUAUUGAUAGCAAGGAUGAAGAGCUCGUUUUUCAUAUCUUACGUGCUCCACACUUUGGUUACUUGGAAAAUGUCACAACAGGAGGAUUCAUUCAUGAUAAUUUCACACAGCAAGACCUGAACAGCAAGAGCAUCAUUUACAUCAUCACACCCUCCACAGAAGUAACGUCAGACAGUCUGGAGUUCCUGGUUUCGGAUCCCACAGGAAAUUCAGCUGCCCCUCAAACGCUUGAAUUCAAAUGGUCUCGUAUAGAAAUGCUAGUCUCAGAAUACCAGGUGUGUGAGGAUGCUGGUGUAUUCUCUGUGAAGGUCUUGAGAACUGGAUACUUGAUGGAAUCUUCAUUUAUUGGUAUAAAGGUUAAUAGCAUCACAGCCGCUGUUGGAAAGGAUUUUACUCCCAAUUCUGCCAACCUAAUUCAAUUUGAUCCAGGUGUAUCAGUAAGGAGCUGGAAUAUCGUAAUUACCAAUGACAGACUGGAGGAAAAUGAGGAAACAUUUGAAGUAUUACUUGCAUCUCCAGUGAAUGCAGUGCUUGGAACCAAGACAAAAGCAUUGAUCAAAAUUAUUGAUGCAAGAGGAGGUGGCUGCAGCAUUGCAAUCAGUAGCGGAGGAAGUGAAGAGAAUCCAGCAGUCAGGGUGUUCAGUGGCAGAGUGUCUCCAGGACUUGCAAUCCUACCAAAUCCUAAAAGUGACCCCUUCCAUGUGGAAGAAAUUCCAGUCAUUUACUCACAUAAAGAACUGAAACAGCCUCAAGGAGAUGUGUCUGAGGAAUUCCCUCUGCAACCUAUUCCCAAGAAGAAACUCACAGUGAUUAGAAAUGAAAAAAUGGACUAUUCUGCCAUUGCUUUUGGAAAGCGGUGCACUCUAGACCUCAAAGGCCUUCUGUUCUAUAAUGAAAGUGAGCAGAAAAUGAUCCGAUGUGAUGGAGUUUCUUGGAAGUCUUGGAACCCAGCAUAUGAGGAGCGAAGUGCCAAGAAAUGUCCCUUUGGUUGGACCUUCCACAACAAUCACUGCUAUUAUCUGAACACUGAACACAAGGCAACCUGGACUGCAGCGGCUCGAGCCUGCAAGGAGAUGCACCAUGGCAACCUUGUGAGUGUUAUCUCAAAACGGGACAUGCAGUGGCUGUGGGACUUCAGUGGAAGACGGCCUUUUUGGAUUGGCCUCAGUGAUAGGAUCAGGCCAGGCAAAUGGGAUUGGGCUGGAGGAGAACAAGUGUCAUUCACAAACUGGAAGCGAGGUUCCCCUCCAGCAUUGAGGAAGAAAGGGAAGAACUGUGUCCUGGUGAGAAGAAGAGGAAAGUGGCAGGUGAAAAAUUGCAAGCGGGGCAAGCCACAUUACUACAUGUGCUCUAUUCAUUAAUAAAUUGAUGGAUAUUCAUAUUGACAUCAACAUGUACACAAUGUAAUCCUAUAGUAUUUAUUAACUAAAUUUGGAAGUGCACCCAAUACAGCAUGUAUAUUUCUAACCAACAUUCACUGGUUAUGUCAUGGAUCUUUGAGAUAAAUUGUGACAGAAUGCAGAACCGCAGUUAGAUUAAUCAUUACUAAUCGUAAUGCAUUAUACACUAUACCUCCCAGCAAUAAUUAACAGCCUGAAGAGUUACUAGACCAAUUGUGACAUAAAGCUGGGGAUUGUACUAGACAGCGUUUAAACACAUUUUAUUCUCAUUUAGAUAAGAGAAAUGUCUAAAUUAUAGAACUAUUCAGGUCUAUAAAAGACGAGAUGCGGAUAAAUUUGAGUGCGGCCAGUAUUUGGACAGUUCAUCAACAGUUUUAAUAGACCACACUCAAAAGUGAGGUCCAUCCAUUCUGUAAGGGCCUUGAAGCUCAAAGUGUUUAACAGGAGUCCACAUUUCUGAGGUAAGUAUCUCAGUGAAAUGUGAAACCAUGCAGUGCCUGGUCACUGGGCUUGGGUGUCAGGCACCAGGGAAGGGCAAUGACCAAAACUAUCUGUCAAUAACAUUGUCAAUGACAAAAACUAUCUAUCAGUGACCAAAACAGUGACAUUCUAUUGCCACAGCCAGAUUAUCGAGGGCUAUGUUUCUCACAGUUCCAUAAACAGUCAGGGAGACCCAAUGGCUUUGCUGUUUUCCCUUCCCUGUGUUCAUACUCAAAUCUAGAAAACAACUUCAAUUAUUGGUGAAAAAAUUUAGUCGUUCUUAUCGCUUAACUUUGCAAACUCUCCUGUCGCUAAACAUCGGAGUGCAAACUCACAAUCUCACACUCAGUGUAGAGAGAACCAUUCAAAGGCAUGCAUUUUAUGAACUUCUGGGCAUGUUUAGUUUAUUUUCUUUCACAAGGUACUAAAUCAUAAGCUGCGAGAACACAACUUUUGAUGAUAGGUCUGCUGCAAGUUCUGGGUUGCACUGGGAUUAAGUCACAGGAUCACACUUAGUGUUUAAAGAGGAGAUCCUUUUCUUAAAAACUUCCCAUAUAUGGCACCCAAGUGCUGAAGUAAUUCCCAUCCCAUCAAAAGCCAGGGAUGGCGCCAAAAAUCUGCUGCCCAGUCAUUAUAAAGACACAAUCAAUGGGACAACUUUUCCAAUGAAGGAAUAUAUUGUUUCAAAGUGUUUGUUCAAUGUGUCUCAGUGUUGUGUGGGUAACUGUCUCCACUUUUCCAAGCAGAAUGAAUUUAAACUGUAUUCAUAUGGCAAAGCCUCUUUAAUUGUGUUGGUAUUUUAAUAUUUCCCUUUUUAUGUUAUAUUUAAAUAAAAUUCUA